GUUGGUGUCGACAGUCCAAGCCACGAUGGCCACAGUGUCGGGGAUCAUGGUUGUCCGUAACUGCAAGGAUGUGGUGUACGACAGGCACUGGCUGGCUGUGGAGUACAUCUGGGUCCUGGUUCCCUACAUGACCUAUGACAUUUAUGUCAUGUACCUCUGCCACUGGCACAAGACCCUGGACAGGGGGGUUGUGGAGAAGAAGCACUCGCUGGCCAGCGUGUGGAGCUUCCUCCUGCAGGAGCGGCUGAUGGUGACCCACCACCUCUUCAUCCUCAUCGUGCUCACCCCCAUCACCCAGCACUUCAGGGGAGAGCUGGGGGACUUCUUCGUGGGCUGCAUCUUCAUAGCAGAGCUGAGCACACCUUUUGUAUCGCUGGGCAAAAUCCUCAUGCAGCUCAAAAUGCAGGACACGCUCCUGCACAAGGUCAAUGGGAUCCUCAUCCUGGUGACCUUCUUCCUCUGCCGUAUUCUCCUCUUCCCCUUCAUGUACGCCGCUUACGCCCGGCAGGUGGGAAUCCCAGUUUACAUGGUGCCUUUCCGCAUCCCCCUGCACUGCAACAUCGCCAACGCCUCCCUCAUCGCCCCCCAGCUCUACUGGUUCAGGCUCAUCUGCCGCAAAGCCGCCCGCCUCUACGGCAGCUCCCCCGCCGCCAAGAGCAGAUAAUGGCCCACACAAGGGCGUAAUGCCCAGCAGGGUGUAAGAAAGGGUUCGCCCCCCCCCGCCUCUUCUACCUUCACUGUGGGGACCAGGGUGGGAGCAGAGC